AUGUGAGUAGGCUAUAUUAUAGACUAUAGUUAAUGGUUCAAAAAAUAAUAAAAUAUAGGUAUUCAAUGUCGAAUAGAAUACACGUUCGAAGACGAAUGAACUCGAUUAAAACAUGAAAAAUCAAAAUAUCUAUUUCAAUAAAUUAAAUUACAAAAUGUUGUAUUUAAAAUUUAAUUCUCGCAAUCGAUUUUUCAUGCAGUAAUCCAGCAAUAGAUCUCAGUCUCAUAGAUGUUUAGAGACUUACAAAAAUAAACCAAAAUGUUAAUAAACGCAUGUGAUCCGAUUUUCAAUGCAAAUAUACAGUUGGAUGGGAGUUGUAUAUCUCGAGAAGACUAUUCCGUAGAGAAUCUCAUUUCACCAGAUGCGGGAUUACGAAAAAGAGGAUUUCUAUGCGAGACUUUCAUUCGACCACCUGUGAGUUUGACUUUCAGUUUCCCGUUCGCGUUUGACAUUAAGUAUGUGGUGAUUGGCACAAGAGUGGGUGGUCAAAAGUCCUCGGGAUUUCAGAUAUGGGCUGGACGCAGUAACAAUACUCAAAAGAUCUGUUCUAUGAUAACUAAUAAAGAGAUGAUAGUAUUUCAUGACAAUAGUACAGAUUUAUCUAUCUUUGGGAACAAUUAUGACAAAUGCUGUUUUAAUAUAUCAGCUAGUAGAAAUAUCAGAUCAGCUGAAAAGUUAUCUGUAGGUAUUUUUAAAACAGAAAAUUCUAUACCGGCAAUAGGUAAAUUAGAAAUUUGGGGAAAGGUUUCAUGUUGUGUACCAAAAGAAAUUCGUCAAUCAAUAACUCGUAAUUGGGAAGAGAGUAAAAUACCAAAACAAAUACAAAAACAAAUUAACAACACACAACUGGCUACAGAAAAAAAUGGUGAUACUUUCAUUAUGUGUGAUGACUUUUUAGAUUCAAUCACUUAUGAAGUAAUGACAUGUCCUAUGGUUCUACCUUGUGGAAAAUAUGUCGACAGCUCAACUAUAGAAAAAUGCAUUGAACAUGAUACCAUGUAUGGACGUACACCUUGUGACCCUUUCACCGGAAUUCCAUUUACAGAUAAACUUAAACCGAUGCCUGUGCCUGAACUGAAAGGACGAAUUGAUUCAUUUUUAAUAAAACAUGCAGAUGAUGACAAUGUAAAAUGUAUACCACGUGCAGUGGGUAAACGUAGUUUUAGUUUUUACACAGAACGACAGACUAAAAAAUCCAAAGUACAAUGUAGUAUAUGCAACGAAAACUGUAAUUUGUAUUAUUUACCUUGUAAACAUCUGCAAUGUAGGAAUUGCUUAAAUACUGAAAAAAUUGAAUGCAAUGUUUGUCACAGUAACUUUCAUCGGAGUCAAAUUGAAAAAUAUCAUGAAAACCGCUAAUAUAAACAUGGUUUUGUUACAACAUUGAUUACAACUAUGUAUUUCUGUUCAUUCCUUCGAAGAAAUUGACUAUUUCAUAAUAAAUCAAUUAUGAUAAUAAGUUUAAUGAUUGAAAGUCUACAAUAACAAUAAAUCUAUAGUUAGUUUCCAAUUUCUUUACAGUAGGUACAUAUUUACAUUAUAUAUAUAUAUUUUUUUUUGUACAUUACGUAUUUGUUUUCUUUAUUUUGUAUAUAUUGUAUUGUACUUCAAAAUAAAUGUGAAUUAAGUACAAAAUUACCUUUAAAAGUAUUAAUUUAAAACUAAUAAUUUUUUUUUAAUAAAUUUAUUAGGCUGUGAUAUAUAUUUUUUCAUUUUUUUUUUAAAUUCUCAUAUACCAUGAGUUAUUUACUUUCUGAAGCAAAAGCUUGUGAUGAAGGUAGAAUUAAUAUUUACUUUGUAUAUUUUUACACAUACAAUUUAAUUAAAUGUUUAAAUACAUUUUGUAUUACAUUUUUUGUAUUAUAAAUGUGGUUGUGAAAAAAAACUAUAAUCAUUGCCUUAGGAAAAUAAAUACUGGUGUUAAAUUUAGAUUAUAGAAUAUUUUUAUUGUAACUAAAUAUUAUUAAAAAAAUAUUUUUCAUUGAAAAAAGUAACACAUCACUCAUGUCAAUUUACAUCCACCUCAAACAUAUUAACCAAAAAGUUGUUUUGCCAAAGUAUGCUGUGUGGGAAGCUUCAACUUAUUAAUUUUGAAACAAUAAAAAACGAUCUAUAUAAAAUGAUCAUACUAGGAGUUUCAUUAUUCAUGCAAGUCACAAGUGGCACUAUGACAUUUGAGAACUUUGCAAUGUUGAUAAUAGUAUAAUAUUAAAUUAAACUGCUGGCAAUCAUUCAUCUGCAAAGAGGAUUAAAUUCCAGUGAUAAUUACUUAAAGUAUCAAGGUUAUUUUUUGUAUGAUAAUAUUAUGAAUAAUUUAAUAUAAUCAUGUAAUUUUUUUUAUAAA